AUGGCGAUUCCGAACAGCCGAAACUUCGCCAACUGCUACAUGGAACUGUGCAAACAACAACGUCUUCGUCCCUUGCCAGUUAUCUGCGUGACACUGCCCCAUAGUUUAGAUUUCACCACCGAUCGCGUCAAAAUGGACGACUGGGGUCCCAUUUUAAAUUCUCUGUCGCUUGAUCGUAGCCUACGAUCAAUUAGUGUUCGCAGCAGGUAUCAGUGUCGGAAACCAUUGGAAGAAAUUAACUCGGAAGACAAGGCUAGAACGAUGGGCAAGGCACCUGUCGUAUUGUCUCGAUAUCUUUUAGAAUGGUUGUCGCAUAGCGUGGCUCAGUGUGUCAGAAACUCGCCGGUUCUAACUAAUCUGGAGCUGGAAGGAAUCCCUUUUCCGCCAGACUGCUUGGCGGUCCUUUGCGUGGGUCUGUCACACACGCACACGCUCCAUUAUCUCUCUCUUCAGCGCUGUUACAUCGGUGACAGCUCUUGCGAAGUUUUAUGUCGCACGGUGGCCGACGUCCCAAGCGUCAGGUCACUGAAUCUCAGCUACUGCGAUUUAACGUGCAAAUGUGGGCCAGCCCUGGCAGCGGCGUUGUGUAGACAAAAGUUGUUGCUCUAUCACGAUACUUGGAAGCAAUCACUCAGGUACCAAGAGCCGAAUCUCGAGGCAAUGUCUGGGUUACGUCGUUUGACGCUGAACGAUAAUCCUCAAUUGGGUGACGCGGCGGUGAUCGAACUGAUCGAAGCAGUGAGAGACAGUCUUUGGCUGAAGGCGUUGGACCUGCAGCGCUGUGGAUUGACCGAUAAGAUCGGUAAAGAUCUUCUGGAACUAUUGGAUCAUAAUAACACUCUGAGUAUUCUGGAUGUUAGGCAAAAUGCGAAUUUGAACGAGGCACUGGUAAAGGAGGUGGUCAAGAGGCUAGAGGAGAAUAACGUUGAUACGAAGUCUGAAUACCGAUGGCUGGGUUUACCACAACACGAUCGAAGAGUGGUAUCAGCAGGCACUGGAAAGAGGAACGAGAACGAGAAUCACGGGAAACCUCCGAUCAGACCACGUAGCGCUAUAACAGAGUAUAAGAGGACUUAUCAGUCUGCACGGAGAAAGACAGUUAAUGUGGUGAAUGACGCGAAGAAAACGAAAAUGAGACCUCACGUUCCACCGUAUAAGAACAGACAGCCACACCAUCAAGAGCAACAGCAGAUCGUUCAAAAUGGUCAGACCAAGUCGAAGAUAUCUCUCCAUUUGGAUCUCCAGUCUCACAUACAACCUGUGAUGGGCGAUGCUUGUCAAAACAAUGUUCAAUCAUAUACGGAUAGUGUUCAGGCUGAUACCGACAGAUCCUCUUCGAAGAAUUUAGAACUAAUAAAGGUCGAUGUUGCGACGCAGAUGACAGAUGAUCUAGAGACAGAGGAUUCCGCUAGAAUUCAGAAGAUCCAGAUUCAGUUAGCCGAAGCAAAGGCUGAACACGAUCGUCUUCUCGAAGAUACGAGACGAAGCGGGUUAUUGCUAGCUGAAGAACGAGGGCGACGUGAGGCUGCCGAGGAGCAGUUGAACGAGAUGAAGAACAAUCUGGCUGAGCUGGAGAACGCUUUGAAAGAGAAGGAACAGGAAACGAGCGGAUUUCUGUUGCUUAGCCAGCAGUCUUUUGAUGAGAUUUGCAGCUCCUUCGAUAGAUUGCUGAACAUGUUGGACAGUGUGACGAAAACUCCAAGCGCUAAUAGGAGGGACACGACGGAAGCCGCCAUUGUCAAGGCGGAUAUAAAGAGACGGGUCGCUUCUGUCAUCAGGGAAACGAAAUCGGAGAAUCUAAGGCGAGGAUUCAUCGUGGACAUAGACGAGGACGACUCGGUCAGAUACACGGAGCCGAUCAAGAAAUUUGCCAAGUCGGAAAGCGACAUGAGAUCCGCGUUACCACCGAUAUCGACGUAUCAUUUGGAAAGGAAUAUAGGAGAUAGUCCAGAUAUAGGUUCACCAACCUUGCAAUGGGUUCCGCGUAACGAAAAGCAUAUGAUGUCUCCCAGAGCGAGAGCCAGGGCGUUAUUCGCCCAAAUUAUUCAAGGGGACACUGUGCUUGAUUUUUACAAUCAUAUGGAUUAG